GAUGAAUUGCUUGCACAAUAUCGAAUCUCGCUUGUCGUCCAAUGAACAUCCGCCACUGUCUGCUCGAGCUCCUCCUGAGGCUUCGCUGUGAAAACCUGUUCCGAGUUUUCUUCAUUCCGGCAAAGUUUGGCUUUGGUUUUCGAGUUUUCAUGGCUGGAAGUUCCCGAGCACCACUUCGUCUCCUUUACUGCUCGUUGCCUCAGACCGAGGUGCCGAACGGCAUUCUUCAACGCCAGGCCCAGCCCUUCUAACCUCGACUGUUGGCAGCACGGUCCGUUGUCGGCAGUCAACCAGACGAUCAAAAACCCCACUGGCAAGCUCUACCUUCGAAGACACUGAUUGGCUUUUUGCGUUACUGUAUGCCUUUUGAUCGGCCGUAAUCAGCAAAUCCAUGAGCAUGGCAGUAGGAGGCAAAAUACAAAACAAGACCCAAUAGGGAAACACCUUUUUGCCAGUUACUCAACAUGACUGCGCCGCAAUUCAUCCGUCGGGUUGUCAAAAGUCCCUUGGUGGAAUGGUCAGCCCGUUCGCCAACGCAACACGGCCCGGCUCCGACAAACAGGUGUUUAUGGUCAUCCCGGCCUCGUAUCACCCUUUUGGGCUCAAGAUAGCAAUGGCGUGGGUGACACAUGGUCCGCAUGCAGCUAUGUUUGUCAGAUAUGCAGGGUCCCCCAGCCCAUCUCACACAUGUCCAACAUGACUUGCCGCUACAGCCCUGCGAAGUGCUCCAGCUGACACUGGCACGAGCUGAGCCUCGUUUGCAGGCGUGGUCGUGUGCAUGUGCUGGGCGCGCCCGCAUGUGACGCAUAGCAUACGACUCUGACCUGCAGCAAGGAAUUGAACAACUGUCGGUUCGGGCAUCAUCCUGUCUCAAACGGCGAUUCGAGGCGAGAAACAAUCAUCAAUCGUAAUAUUGGGCCCCUUUGUUGUCUGUUGCUUUGUCCGAGUCAGAAAACGACCCGGACGGCCAGUGUCCGCAACUCAAAGGGGCCUCCUCCACGCGGCUUACAGUGUGCUUUCGUGCGUAGCGAGGCCAACACCCUCCAUUCGCGCGCCUAUGCAUCUCUCCGGAUUAUUCUCUUGAGAUGCGGAGGCGCUCUGCGAGAUCGAGGGGGUAAAAGGAAUGGGCGGCUCCCCGCUUCUCCAGGCCGAGCCAGACCUGCAACUUGUCGCCAACACUGAUCGACCGUGCGAAAACCCCCCGCAACUCACAACCGCGGCCAGCACGCCUUGGUCGGGGUUGGGGAACCAUCCUCCGCAACGGAACAGUUCUCUGCCUCUCCCAAUUCAUCGUCGAUGGAGGUUCGCAUCGGGUGUACGUCGCCUUGGAACCUUGGGGCUGCUUCCGAUGGAUUUUGGCUCGCCCUAUUCCGAAGGGAACAAACUCUGGUUUCUCAUCGCAAAAGAUGGUCCGUGAGAAGGGCGACACGAAGAUGACCGCGAACAUCGGCCGAACAUCGCACGGACCCGUCCAUCGCUCGAACGAACCGUCGUGGAAGAUCAGCAGCGGUCGACAAACAGGAUCACGAGGAUCAGCCCUCAGCUGUGCUGGAAGCUGGUCUGGAAUGCACUGGGCUGCCCGGCCGUCCAAGGAAGCCUCAGCCAUCUGCACCAGUCAUACGAUCUUGGGCGAACCCCCACUGCACAGUCCACAGCCUAGAAUGUCCUUUUUAAAAGGAGGGGGCCUAACGAUACCUCUCCUCCCUCCCGCGGACCAUCAUUUUAUUCUCACGUGUUUUCUCGAGCAAAGACGAUACCCAUGCGGAUCUUGAUCUUUGGGUCGUCGAACCCGCUCUGAUCCAGGGCAUUCAAGCCGCACUCUACAAAUUCCAGGGUCCAGACUCCAAUUUCAUUGUUGGACAUUGAAUGACUGCAACCGUUCACGCAACACACAGCUGGUCUCGUGAUUUCCUUGUUUGCAGAACCAACUCACGCGACGAAAGGAUCGAGACAGGUCGCCAGCCGUGUCUCGCUUGGGCGAGGUUUGUGGAUUGAUGUUUGCAGCGGCCAUGUCACAAAACCCAACGCAGUCUUCUGUACCGGCCAGAUGAUCAAUCAGGCCGCCUGGAAUGUGCGGUCAAGCUCCCUGACGGGCCGAGCACGGGCUUGCACACAAGCAUCCUGAGACUUCCUGUGCUCAACUACUCACCGUUCCGGCCGCUUCCAGCCUGAUCAAUCUCUCGACAGUGCUCUCGCGCAUAUACACGGUCACGUGCUUCGUUUACAAGGGCGCAUUUUCAUGGCUGCCUGACAAUACUCCCGUGGGCAUAGGAUGUCGACACGGAACUCUCAUGGCAUUCGCUGUCGUCGCUUGAUACUAACAGACAUGAUUUUGGAGGAUGAUAUCAUCGGUAUCUCACAGUCUGAAAUCUCUACACCAUCUGGCCCCGAGGUGCGCUUGCUAGAAGCAGACCCUCUUCCACCAGGUAAGUGGCAUACUCUCGGAACGUGCACUCUUGCUCCCUUGAGAUGAGCCACAUCGUCCGAGGGUAGGUCGCCCACAGCCUGAAAUUCAUCCGUGAGGCUGCUGAGUGUGAGUGAGUGGUGAAGCCAAGAUGUAUGGCCUGGUGCUCAACAAGAGGUAUGUUUUGGUAUCGGCCGUAACGUGACUCGUCAUAUCAGUCCGCGUCGGUGGUCUUGACUUGCUUGUGACAACGGCCGUGUGAGUGAGGACGAUGUUCUCAGCGCAUCUGCUUCCAACCUGUGUGCACCAUUUCACGCGCUGAGGAUGAGGGUGAGCGUCUGGUUGGACCCUGGAUCGAGGUUUCUGGGGCGUUAGAAUGUUCAUGUACCUUGAGGUAUCCCUGUCCAGCGUUCUCGAAGAGGCCUUCUCGACAUAACAUCGCUAUCUGAUAGACAUUCUGCACAUCUACUAUCUUAGAGGUUCUAUCUCUG